GUCUACACAGGUGAGAAAAAGUGUUCGAGAAGGUGCUCUGUUCAACUACAACUACACCCUACAAACCGUAAAGAUGAAGCUUACGAUCGCCUUGUGUUACCUGCUGGCGGCUCACCUGGUCGCCCUACAGGUGGUGGAGGCCCAGGAUGAGGCGGGUGAGGAGGCCCCGUACACAGUAGUUAAGGAAGCUGAGGGUUAUGAGGAGCGUGCCUAUCCCGCCUCUCCCUGGGUCUGCCACACAAACACCAUCUCUGACGAAGGCGGGAGAACCAACUCCUUCUGGCCUCUCUUCCGCUACAUCACAGGAAACAACAACAAAAAUACCGACAUCCCCAUGACGGCCCCGGUGACUACGAGGCUGCAGCAAAACGGUGAGGCGUGGGAUUCACAGAUGUGCUUCUACAUCCCCAAGGCUCACCAGCAGAACCCACCUGAGCCCGCUGACGAGGCCGUGAAGGUGGUGAACAGGCCCGCCAUGAACGUCUUCGCCAGGCGAGUGGGCGGCAAUUUGACGAGCUCAGAGUGGAAGAAUUUGCGUGAUGAACUGAAGACCCUUUUGGAAACUAAUGAGCCCAGCGCUGACCUCUCCUUCUACUACACCGCCGGCUACGACUCCCCCAGGAAGGCCACCAACCGCAGGAACGAAGUGUGGUACGAGAAGAAGUAAACAAACCCUGCUAGGAAAUAUCUGCUUUUCUUCUCUGCCCAAAACAGCAACAAGAAUAAUGAGUAUCAGUGGGGUUGACCAGUGAUUUUUGUUUUGUUUGUUAUUCUAUCAAGGAAGUUGUUUCACUUUAUGCCUGGAGAACCUAGAGAAUAAAUAAAUGUAAUCUUUU